AUGGUCGAAGCUCCUAAACGUUUCAAGAUUUCUGUGUCUAACAGUGUGUUAGACGACUUGAAGGAAAGAUUGAAAACGGCGAGAUAUCCUGAUGAAUUGGAGGAUGCUGAUUGGGAAUAUGGAACACCCGUUACCAGUCUAAAAGAAUUCGUUGCAUUCUGGCAACAACGUUAUGACUGGAAUGAAGUAGAAAACAAGCUGAACGAGUUACCGCAGUUCACGCUAACUGCCAAUGGCUUAAAUCACCACUUUAUUCACAAACGAUCACUCCGCGCCAAUGCUAUGCCCUUGAUCCUUAUUCACGGCUGGCCGGGAUCGUUUUACGAGUUCGCAAAGGUCGCGAAUCAGUUGACUGAACCAGAAGGAGAUCAACAGCCAUUCCAUGUGGUUGUGCCAUCCCUACCCGGAUACGGUUUCUCUGAAAAACCAAAGAAGAGAGGCUACGGCAUUGCUGAAAUUGCCAAAGGAUUAAACGAAUUAAUGGUUAAACUGGGCUAUAAGAAAUAUUCUGCGCAUGGUGGAGAUUGGGGAGCCCUUAUUGCUCAUACAUUAGCUUCUUGUUAUCCGUCUGAAUGUGUCGCCGUUCAUAUUACAUUAGUCUUAUUCCCCCCACCGCCAUUGUGGAAUUUCCCUCUUGCACAUCUGAAGUUUCUCGCGAGUUCGAUAUUCGGUGCGGAAAGGACUUAUGGACACGAAGGGGCAAAACGACUAGAGAGACUUCAGGCAAUCAUGAAAACGGAAAUGGGAUAUUUCCACAUCCAAACAACUAAGCCUCAGAGUUUGGCAUACGGACUGAAUGACUCGCCGAUUGGAUUAUUGGCUUGGAUAUUGGAGAAAUAUCACGGAUGGACAGAUAGGAGAACAUUUGACUUAUCAAGCGAUGAGGCAAAAGAAAUAAUAGUGACUACAACAAUGCUCUACUGGGUAACAGAGACUAUUCCGUCCAGUAUGAGAAUCUAUAGAGAAUAUCGUGAUAAAAAUAUUAUGACUGGGUCAUUAUCUGACGGUGUAAUGACGUUAUCAUCGAAAGUUCCAACAGGCGUCGCAUUCUUCCCUUGUGACUUUCCUCCUUGUCCAAAGGAAUGGGCAGAAUGCUAUACGAACAUCCAACGAUGGAAGGAAUACGACAAGGGUGGUCACUUUCCUGGCUUGGAAUGUCCCGACGUUUUGACUAGUGACUUGCGCGAAUAUUUCGAUCUGCCGGUUGUUAAAAAGGCCUUCA